AAUGGCUGGGCCCGCAGCAGCAGCUCUUCCGCACCACCACUGCCGCCCAAGCCUAGCGCUAAGGCCUUGGCUGCAUGUGACAAUGCUCCCUGCUCCUCUGAAAGAGAGACACUAUCUAGCACUGCUACGGAGCUGGAGUUGGGCAGUUCUGUGGCCCGCAGGCCCUCUCUUAACCGCUCCAAGUCAGACCUGAGCGAUCGCUACGCUCGGGCCGGUGCAGACGUGGAGCGCUUCUUUAACUAUUGUGGGCUGGAUCCCGAGGAGCUGGAGAGCGUAGGUGUGGAAAGCUUCGCCCGAGCGAACUCUGACAUUGUGUCACUCAACUUCCGUAGUGCCAGCAUGAUCAGCUCAGACUGUGAGCAGUCGCGGCAUAGCAACGACGACCUGACCGAUGAAGAAGACGAUGCUGGGGAGCGCGUUCCCUAUGGUAUUUCCGCUGUUGAACGGAACGCCAGGGUCAUUAAGUGGCUCUACAGCAUCAAGCAGGCGCGGGAGUCUCAGAAAGUCUCCCAUGUCUAAAAGAGGGAGCAGACCUCCCCAACCUGGUCUGGACUUGGUACCUGCUUAUUUUUGCAAUCCAUGCACUGUCUUUGAAAUCUCGAAAGAUUACAUGGCAAAGCAUUUUGAGUUGACGGCACAUUUUAAUCGCUUUUUGCAUUCCGUGUUCGCUGUCUUCUGAAUCUGCAUGACUCCUUAGACGCUCAGCCUCUUUGCGGCCUCAAGGUAAUGCAGCUUAUGUAGGAGCCUCUUUAAAGAUGGCUGCGUCAUUGCCAUCUCUGUGCAGAGAACAACUCAUAUUUCCUUUUUUCUUUUGUUCUUUCUGCCUCUUUCUGUCAGAUGUUUUGAUGCCAGCACCUUUCAGGUGCUUCUUAUUUCACUUGGGCGCACUGAGCCAGGAAGCCAUAUCAGUAUGAAUGCAGAGCUGCAGUGUGUUUCGACUUCUUUUGAUCCUCUCUUUCUGUCAGUUUUUUUACUGGUUCUUAUGAUGGAUACAAUAUGUAUGUACAUGAACCUCUGUGAAUAGACGCAGCAGAAGCAUGUUUUAGUCUAUUCUCGAGCUCUCCCCCACCCGACUUCUCUCGGUCAGCCUUGCACUGGUCAUAUUGUUCCAGCAGUAUCAUGACACCAUUCAGCUUUAUGUGGUUUGUUUUCACUUUGUCUGUCAUCCAUAAUGUUCCUGUUUGGCGGUUGAUUAUUUUUGUGGUACUAUUUUUUCGAAAGGUGUAAAUGCUGUAAGAAUAUGUAUAUAAUUUUCAGAGUUGUCGGAAAAGCAUUGUGUGAUGACAAGUAUGCUAUGUUCCUCCAUAGCUCCUUGUCUGUUUGUUCCCUCUCUGGGCUUGCAUCUCAAGGCUGUGUGAGACUUUGUCCAUGACCAAAUCUGUAUGACACUGUUGUUGCAAUGACAUAUAUGUUCGGUAUAUUGAAGUUUGAGCUGUUACUUAAAAAUUUCAUCAAGACGUUUGUUCACUUUUAAUUCUUUUUCAUUUCAAUAAAUGGCUGAUUUUGCCAACUUUUGCCAUCAACUUCAAAUGUUUGAAUGUAUUUUCCUGUUAUUUAUA